CCCAAAUCCAUCACCGAACCCAAACAACAAAGCAAAUCUUCUAAAUUUUCUAUUUUUCAAAUCCUUCUCUCGCAUUUUCUCCAUUUUAUUCAACAGUCUUCAUACUCUCUUGCAUCCAAUUUCUUUUCUACAAACAGUCACUCUUCAUGGCACCUGAUCUCACCACCGCCACCAAGACUACUACCUCUCUCGUUAAGCAAGCUAGUAUAUCUAGCUGUGCUUAUGUAACGUUCUUGGCUGGUAAUGGAGAUUAUGUGAAAGGUGUUGUCGGCUUAGCCAAGGGCUUGAGGAAGGUUAGGAGCAAGUACCCACUAGUAGUGGCUAUCUUGCCUGAUGUUCCAGAUGAACACCGCAAGAUUCUGGUCUCCCAGGGGUGCAUAGUCAAGGAGAUUGAACCUGUGUACCCACCUGAGAACCAGACUCAGUUUGCUAUGGCUUAUUAUGUGAUUAACUACUCCAAGCUUCGUAUAUGGGAGUUCGUGGAGUAUAGCAAGAUGAUAUAUUUGGAUGGUGAUAUCCAAGUGUUUGAUAAUAUAGAUCAUCUCUUUGACUUGCAAGAUGGAUACUUUUACGGUGUGAUGGAUUGUUUCUGUGAGCAGACAUGGAGCUUCUCUCCACAGUACAAGAUUGGUUAUUGUCAGCAGUGCCCUGAUAGGGUUCAGUGGCCUGCUGAGAUGGGACCUAAACCUCCCCUUUACUUUAACGCUGGCAUGUUUGUUUUUGAACCCAGUCUGUCUACCUAUGAUGAUCUCUUGCAGACCGUCAAAGUUACCACUCCUACUCUCUUUGCUGAGCAGGAUUUCUUGAACAUGUUCUUCAAGGACAUUUACAGGCCACUGCCUCCGAUUUACAACCUUGUCUUGGCUAUGCUCUGGCGCCAUCCUGAGAACAUUGAACUGGAAAAGGUCAAGGUUGUCCAUUACUGUGCUGCUGGCUCCAAGCCAUGGAGGUACACUGGGAAAGAAGAGAACAUGGACAGGGAAGACAUCAAGAUGCUGGUUAAGAAAUGGUGGGACAUUUAUACUGAUGAGUCUUUGGAUUACAAGAACACCGUGGCUGCUGCUGGUGGAACUGAAGACGAUCUGCAACCAUUCUUGGCUGCAUUGUCGGAAGCUGGUGUUGCUCACUACCUUACAGCCCCAUCUGCUGCCUAAGGUUAUCAGUAGUGGCAAAAGUUUGUAUAGGAAAAUAUAUAAGGCUUUAUUUAUGUAUUGGGUGAAAGAAUAUUUUUGUUUUUGCAACUUCCCCAUGUAUUAGAAUUGGGUGGUUUUAUCUGCUGCGAGGACCUUUUAUACCUCCUUGGUAUUGUUGAUUUUCUGAAUUAUUUUACAAUAUAAUUGAACUUUUUUUUUUCUUUUUGCUGAA